GCCGUCAGCGACGCUGAGGCCUCGACCGCCAAGAUCGACGACCUUGCCUCGAGGAUCAAGAAGGACAGCGAGGAGUUAGAGGCCGCGAAGGGGAUCCGGGAAGCGGAGAAGGCGGAGUUCGAGGAGAGCGAGGCCGAGCUCAUGAGCGCCAGCGACACGCUCAGCAGGGCGAUACGCGUCCUGGAGAGGGAGAUGGCGAAGCAUCCCGCCGCCUUCGCGCAGGCGGCGGCGACCGCCAGGGUGAGCGGCCUGGCGUCGGCGCUGGGCGCGGUGCUGGACUCCGCGUCGCUCCUCGCCGAGGACAAGGCCAGGCUGCUGCAGCUGGCGCAGUCCUCGCAGGAGGAGGACGCCGACGACGCGGCAGGGGCGCCGGCGCCGGGCGCGUACGAGUCCCACAGCGGUGGCAUCGUGGACACGCUGGAGGAACUCAGAGAGAAGGCCGAGGCCAAGCUGAAGGCGAGCCGGCAGGCGGAGGCCUCGAACGCGCACGUCCACGGCCAGCUGUUGCAGGGCCUGCAGGGCCAGAUCGCGGCCGACCAGAAAGCCCUGGCGGAGCUCGUGCGCCUGCGGAGGGCCCUGGAGAACUCCCGGGCCGCGCUGGCGGCCGUCCAGGAGGGCUGCAUGCGCACGGCGUCCGACCACGAGCUCUCUACGAAGUCGAGGGAGAAAGAGUUGAAGGUCAUUGCGGAGGCAUGUGCCACCGAGCAGAUCUCGGCGCGACGGCCUUGCAGCUGCGCUUGCACCGAGGCCACCGCCCACUUCUGCGUGCCCGCGGGCGCCUUCCACGAGGGGUUCGCCGUCGGCUCGACGGAGCGCCCAGCGUGCGACGAACACGGGGACGUCGUCCCCGAGGAGAUCUUGACGGUCGAGUACGCGUCCGUGCAGAUGGAUCGCGUCAGCUCCUUCGGGGAGGCCUUGAACGCCCAGCUAUUUCCCUUCGGCCUCGAAGGGUUGUGGCCGGCGACUGCCGCGCUUUUUCAGUGCCCGAAGAGUUCGGAGAGCAGGCCGACGAUUUCGUCUCCGCGCCCGCUGGGAAUGGCGGACCCGAUGGCUCCCUGCAGGAGCCCCGCGCGGUUCCCACGGGGCGACGUGCUGGGGCAGAUCGAGGUACGCGAGCAGAUGGCGGGAUUGGCUGGCGCCCUCGAGCGCAUCGAAUCAGCCAUGGCAGGUACGGCGCGCGCCCAUGGCCGGGGGCACGCCGCCAGGACUGGCGCUGCCCCCGCCCAGCGCGCCGUCUGCUGCCAGGUGCCCACCGCGGCUCUGGCGGAGGCGCUCCAGGCCAUCACCGACCAGAGCCGGGCGACCGCCGCGCUGCUCGCCCAGGGCUCGGCGGCGGCAGCCGACCAAAUGUGCGCGUUGCUCGGAGGCGGCGACGGCGCGGGCGGCGGGCCGGGCACGAAGCUUCCUGGGGCCAAGGGCGCAGCUGCCCUAAAAGUCUGGCGCCGGCACUUGGAGGCGAAUCCGGCGUCCAUGGUUGUUACUGUUUGUUGCAAUGCCCGCCGGGUACUGGCCGCCAGCGACGGGGACACGGACCUGGGGGUGAACUCGAUGCGGGAGUAUUUGUCCAGGCAGGUCGCCUUCGGCCAAGCGAAGGGUGUCGCAUACCUCGCCUACGGCAUCGCGACGGUGGCCGACUUUUCACGGUCGGCCAGCGGGAGAGAGCGGAGGACCGGCCCGUGGCAGAGCGACGACGACAAGGGCGGCGCCCCCAAGGGCAAGGACAGGGGACCAUAUUCUCCUGGACUGGGCCCUUUUGGGGGCAUCGGUUACCGCUACCUGCACUGCGCUGGGGGCUUGGAUUUCCUCCACCAACCGACGGCGCGUCCGCUGCGCUGGCGCGCCCGCCGCGCGAAUGUCUUGGUUUGCGCGCUCUCGCAGCUGGCUGCUCGCGGCCGCCGGGUCGCCCCUGCAGCCGCCAGGAGCGGGAGGCCCCUCACCGAUUCGCAGAAGGAGAUCUGCGAUCAGCUGCUAGGGCUUGCGAGGCUCAUCCACCGCCUGCUCUUCACCUUGGGCGGCCGCGAAACCGCGAAGUUGAAUUCCACGUGCGAUUAUGCCGCGAUGGUGCAGGCAGCCGUCCUGCGCAGCACCUGCGCGCCGCCUGCGGCCCGCAACGGGGAAGACUUCACAUCCGAGCGCGCCGAGUUCCUCGCGGCCACCUACUCCUUCGUGCAGGUGGGCACCCGGGAGGCGCCGUCGCCAACGCCUGCUCCCACGCGGCCGACCCGACGGGCAGCCCUGCAGGCGGAGCGUGGGCGCGGGGUCGUCCGCUUCCUGCGGGAGCUCGCCAAGGAGCAGCACUCCGCCGCGCUGGCCCAGCUCGCGGGCCGCGUCGGCGCCGUGGCACAGUUCGGCGCGUCGGCGGCCGCCGUCGCCGACCCCUUCGGGAAGAUCCGAGGCCACUUCUUCCAGACUGAUUACAGCGGCAACUCGCUGCGUCGUCGCAGUGUGGCAUGGUUCGACAGCCACUGGCAGCAGCGACGACGUGGCCAGCGUCGAGCCUAG